AUGGGCCUGGCCUCAUCGCUCACCAAUGUGGUGGCUUACAUCUUCAUGACGUACGUGAUUCUGGUGACCGCUGUCAUCAGUAACGUGUUCCAGAUCGUGGCUUACCUGCUGAUGCGGCCGUUCUCGCUAACGGUGUACAGAAAUGUGGUCUCGUUCUGCCAAUACCUCAUCUUGAGCCAAUUGUCUUUCAGGUUCGACUGGUGGGGGCAGUCAGAAAUAACAUUUUACAUCAGUGACGCGGACCGGCCGUUCUUUGGGAAGGAGACCGCCGUCAUUGUGAUGAACCACAGGAACUCAGCUGAGCAUCUGUUUUGCUUUGCCAUAGCAGAGAGGCUUGGGCUACUACGGACAUUCAAAGCUUUUUGUGCAGACUACAUAAAGUACAUACCUACAGCUGGCUGGAGCUUGUUCUUUAACGAGUGCAUCUUCCUGAAGCGGAGUUACGAAAAGGACAGAGGACUCAUCGUCAAGCAGCUGGAGGAGCUGCAAACCUAUCCUGGUAUCUUCUGGCUCCUGUUCUACUGUGAGGGUACCCGGUUUACGGCAGAGAGGUACCAGACGUCCAUGGAGGUGGCCAGAAGCAAGGGCCUGCCUGAGCUGAAACAUCACCUUCUGCCUCGCACCAAGGGUUUCACGCUGUGUGCUCGAGUCGGCAGGAAAUACAUUCAGGCUUUCUAUGAUUUAGAGUAUCAUUUUGACAAUGGCAGACCGGAACCGACAAUGAUGGAUUUGCUCAAGGGAAAGGCGCAUCACGUGCAUGUCUACUUCCGGAGGAUACCUAUGGAAGAGAUACCGGAAGAUGAAGAGGCUUGUGCCAAGUACUGCCACGAGUUGUAUAGGAUAAAGGUACUAUGA